AUGCGCGACAAGGCAAAGGCGCACCAGUCCUUACCUCCCCUCUCGCGAGGCAUCCCAGAGUCCCGAUCAGGGGGUAGCAGCAAAGGCUGGUCCGGAUCCUUCGCGCGCCUCUCGCACCCGGCCAAAGCGGGCUCAACGCGAAUAGGUUCUGGAUCCAGUCUGGCCAGUAUAGCUCAGGGUCUGGACAAGAAGGACGUGAUACUGCCGGAUGAGCUGGCGCAGGUGCUGGCGGUCCUGAGCGGGGGGAUUCUGGAGGGGCACUUGAAAUUGGCGGCGGCGCUGAGGAGGCGGUAUGAGGAUCAGUACCCCCUCGUCCGGAGUCUCGCGGAUGUGUUUACAGCCCAUUCCUACAUUCUCCGGGAAUACGCAACCUACAUCCUCCACCUCGAGUCCGCCCUCUCCACGAUCGACUCCGCCCUCUCCCUCGCUACCCGCCCUCCCCGCCGGCACUCGCGUCAACUCGACCAUUCCCCCGAAUUGACACUCGGCAAGACCCUCCUCGGCCUCGAAGAGCUCGCGACUGAGCGCGGAGAGUCGGGUCUGGCCAUAUCGCUCUCGAAACCGUUCCAGCGCCUUCUAAAGUACCCGCUUCUCUUCCAGAAUCUGCUAUUCAAUACGGACCCAAGCUUGAGGGAGUAUGAGGCGACGCUGGCGAUGGUGGAUGAGGUGGAGAUGAUUGUGAGGGGGAUUGAGGAUGAGAAGGUGUCGAAGGAGGAGAGUGAGCGGACGAGGGAUGUUUGGGCGAGGAUAGAGGGGCUAGAGGCUGAUAAGGUGUUGAUGGCGCCCAAAGCGAGCAGAUUGGUUGUAGACGAAACGCAGCUGUCAGUUGGCGAAUCAGCGGCGGUAGAGGCGGGAACGAAGAGCCGGAAAUCCAAGCAUCGUCUGAGCGAUAUGCUCAAGAAGCCCGAGAAGGCUGAGUACUGGAUCGUGCGCUUCUCCGAUGUGUCGCUCCUGUGUGAGAAGACCGGCUCGACGCAGUUGCCCAUCUCAAGCACGAAAUCGAAGCGCGAGAGUAUGCCGGAGAUGGGCAACAAGGGCAAGUAUGCGACGGUGGGGAAGCGACAUCAGUCUAUCCGGGCGAGGAAUCUAUAUCGCGUGAGUCUGACCUCUUCGUGGCUGGAAUCGAGCUGA